AUGGCCACCGAAUCAAGACUUUGGAAGCCCCUCAAGCUGGGAAACGUCACACUAUCCCAUCGCAUCGCCCUAGCCCCUCUGACUCGCCUCCGAAACGGCGAUGAUCAUCUCCCUCUCGACCUGAUGAUCAAAUACUACACAGACCGCGCAUCAUCCCCUGGCAGUCUGAUCAUCGGCGAAGCCACCGGUAUCUCAAAGACAGGAGAAGCAGCCCCCAACACUCCAGGCAUCUCCUCUCCAGAACAGAUUGCGGGUUGGAAGAAAAUCUUCGAAGCUGUCCAUUCCAAAGGCAGCUACAUGUUUCAGCAGCUUUGGGAUCUCGGUAGAGCAGGUGAUCCGGACUAUCUCAAGAGUCGUGGGCUCAAAUACUCCUCCAGCAGUACUAUCCAGUUGGAGGGCAAGAACAUAGCUCCGGAAGCUUUGACCGAGGAAGAGAUUUGGCAGAAGGUUGCCGACUUCCGACAGGCAGCCAGGAAUGUUAUUGAUGCUGGUGGCGACGGUGUGGAAGUCCAUGGCGCUCAUGGCUACCUGAUCGAUCAGUUCACAAGCGAAAGCAUCAACAACCGAACAGACAAAUGGGGCGGCUCCAUUGAAAACCGCGCUCGCUUCCUCCUCGAGGUCGUCAAGGCCGUAGUCGAAGAAAUCGGUGCUGAGAGAACUGGCAUUCGACUUAGCCCCUUCUCAACAUUCCAAGCCGCCUACACUUCCGAUCCAUGGGAACAGUACGGCUACAUAUUUGACGAACUCAAGAAAGCAGAGUACAAGCUCGCAUACAUCUCACUUGUUGAGCCUCGCGGCAACCCAGCGUUCCUUGAUGCUGCACCCUCUACCCUUGCCUCCGAUAACGUCAAUCCUUAUGGAGAUAAGAGGCAGAGUCUUGGCUAUUUCCUUGAGAUGUGGAACAACCAAUCUCCUGUCAUUGUUGGCGGAGGGUACUUGCCCGAUAAUAUUUAUCAAGCUGUCGAUGGGAGUUACCAGAAGUGGGAUGUCGUGGUUGCAUUUGGUCGAUGGUUCAUCUCCAACCCGGACUUGGUGUUCCGAGUCAAGAAUGGCGUGCCUUUGACACCUUAUAAGAGGGAAACGUUUUAUGUGGCCAAGAGCAAUGAAGGGUACAACGAUUAUGAUUUUAGUCAGGGAUUCCUCGAAGCUGCUAAGGCUUAG